AAAAAACGAAGUCACUAUGAUGAAAGGAAUGUUCUCAACUUUCAUUUUAUCCUUCGUGUUGAUGAUGGUAUGGAGUGUCCGUGCCGAUACGACCAAUAGAAGAUUUUAUAUUAAUCAGUACUGCCGUGUAAAUAAUCUUGACUGUUUUGGCAGAUGUUUUAAUAAUACCGUUGAUCCAGAGAAUCUGAAAAUUUUUUACGAUUGCCUUCGGGAUCAAACCUCUGCAACAGGAUCAGAAGGAAUACAACAGUUUCUCUGUCAAACUGCCACACAGGAGCAGUUAGACGAAUUUGAUGAUUGUGUACACCAAAACAUUCCUCAAUCAUUGCUUUUUCUUGGAGAAUUUGAAAGUUGCAUCUCUCAAUGUUAUAUUCGCAGUAUUACAGGUUAACAUUUUGGAUUUUUGUUAACUGUUUUUCAGUGAAAUUUUACGUAUUUUAACGAAAAAUGUAUUAAAUUCUUCUUUAAAUUUAA